GAUGGAUAUGGAAGGAGGAGGAUGCAGCGGAGGGGUUACCCCGAAAAUUCUGCACCUCCAGCGGGCCCUGUCGGGUGGAUUUGGCUUCUCCUUGAUGGGAGGUAGGGGUACUGGAUUCCCCCCGGUUAUAUGUGACAUUUUAAGCGACUCUCCUGCUUCAGAAUGCGAAGGGAUGCAAGUAGGAGAUAUCAUUCUGGAGAUAAACAAUGAAACAAUGGAAAACAAAUCAACAAAAGAAGUGGUUACAGCGUUGAUGAAAUCACCGGAUGAUCUGAUACUGAAAGUGAGAGAAGAUCUUGCAACAAGAGACCGCGUUCUGAAGUUCCUGGCACCACUGGACAAGUCUCCGAGUUCCCAGCACCGUGCAUUCAAAACAACGUCAAUCAUCAGUCCAAAGCCAAAAAUUGAAAAGCGGGACUUUACAAAAGUCAACAGUGACCGCGUGGUGUGCACAUCUGGUGAUUUGAAUGGGUUGGAGGCAGGUGUAGGAGAGAGUGACUCUUCACCUGAUUUAAGUGAGAGGUUACGUUGCGCAGGAGCAUCGAACGGAGAGACAGAAGAACUCCGGGGUCUUCAGUCACCAGUCCUUCCUAACAGGACAGGCUUUGAUAAUGAGUUAAGGGAGAAUGGUGUAGGAGAGAUCAAAGACCAUUUAGUGACUCCCAAGAGCAACGGCUUAGAUGCCUCUCAACCUACAGAUAGCUUGGUAAACUCACAUUCCUGUAAUUCAGAUGCAGAUGCAACUGAAGAGUUUGUUGGUCAGAUACUCACAACGACCGCUCUGAUACACCGUGAGGAUUCACUCAAAGAGGGAGGUCUUUCACCAGCGAAACGUCUAGAUACUGUAGAGGAAGGAAGGAAAGAUGUUUUAGAUGGCUGUGUACAGUCCAACACUGUCCUUGCCGACCCGGAAGUAGUCCGGGAGACUGACCUUACUGUGAGCAGUGCAGAAACUGAUACCACGAUGAACAAUGGACAUUCUACAGCUGAGCUGGUGCGGAUCACCAGUCACCAGCUACCGACAACAUUCAGCCACAGUCAAGAUGUACGGACUCGAAUAGAAAAUGGGACCAAUGUGUCCUACAACAACGACACCAUGUCGUCCCCGGUUGACAGUGCCUUUGUAACGUCGUCUCCCAUCGUGAAAGUGAAGACCACUGCAACGACCGUUAGUCUGGGUAGGAACACACCCUCGGAGGUACAAGUAAAGAGUGUCCAGCAACCAAUGGAAUCCUCAAGGCCGAAACUCUCCACAAAUGCAAUAGGAAUUCAGACGAACCCUUCUGACUUAGAACCUAGGAUAGAAAACGGAGGCUUGAAAGGGAAGUGUGAACUCUCAGCAGCGAUGGCUGCACCUACAGCAGGUCAGACAAUGCUUGGUAACGGUGGAAAUAUUGGGUCUGUGGAUUUGCCGAGUUUAACACCAAGGGACAGGGAAUCAACUUCAAGUUCAGGUAGUGAUGAUUACGAGUUCCCGGACAUGAACACCUUGGAGAGUGCUCUCCAUGAAAACCCCAAGAACUUGGAUUUGCCAUCAGCCAAAAGACUGGCAAAGAGACUCUAUGAACUUGAUGGUUUUAAGAGAGAAGAUGUAUCCAUUCAUUUAAGUAAGAGGAAUGAAUUCUGCAAACUCGUGGCAAGGGAGUACCUGAGCUACUUUGACUUCACGGGGGACAGGCUGGACGAGGCGCUGAGGGAGUUCCUGAGGUGCGUCACGGUCAUCGGAGAAUCGCAGGAGAGAGAGAGGGUGCUGGCGCAUUUCUCUCAUCGUUACUUUGACUGUAAUCCAGGAGUUGUGGAGUCCUCUGAUGCGGCUCAUACCCUUAUAUGUGCCGUCAUGCUGCUUAACACCGACCUACAUGGGCAGAACAUUGGUAAGAAGAUGUCUCUGAAUGCCUUUGUGACGAACCUGGAAGGGAUGAAUGACGGUAUGAGCUUCCCCCGCAGCACUCUCAAGGCGCUGUACAACGCCAUCAAGGCGCAGCCGCUCGAAUGGAUCAUGGAUGACGACGACGCUAGGAGUGAUGUCUCAAGCACCGGCAAAGGAUCUAAGAAGCUUCCUCGGAACGGAACACCGAGUGGAAACCCAUUAGUACAGAUUGACGAUGAUCCCAACGCACCUGUCUACAUCCAAACCUAUGUCAUGAGGAAAUUAGUGACCGAUGCAGAGGGAAAAAAGACUCCCAAAGGGAAAAGAGGAUGGAAAAUGUAUUUUGGCACGGUGAAAGGUCUCUGCAUUUAUCUACACAAGUCGGAGGUUGCCAAGGACUUGGCUUUCAACAACCCCAAGGAGGUGAUGAGGAUCCAGCAUGCAUUAGCCAGCCGGUCUGGUCAAUAUGAUAAGAAACCCAACGUCUUCUUACUUCGACUGGCCAACUGGAGUGAAUACCUCAUGCAGUGUCUUGAUGUGAGAGACAUGCAGUCUUGGAUGCAAGCAGUGAACCUAGCAUCAUCGGUCCACUCUUCACCACCCCUCCCAGCAGCGGUGGGUUCACAGAUGGGCUUCAGGAGACCCGUACUACCAAGCGGUGCAUCCAAACAAGAUCCAGCUCAACAGUUGGCGAGUCAUGAUGAGAAGAUUGAAGCAUUAGAACGUGAGUUAGAAGACCAUCGAAGCUAUCCACCAGACAAGAAGGCUAAGGCAAAGAUCAUCAAAGAUUACAAGACAAAGGAUGAAUACCUGGAAUAUGAGAUCUCAAGGUUCAAGACGUACAUCUACCUACUCCGCUCCCAGCCCUUCAGCUCCUUACCUCCCCGCUCGGCCCCGCCCGCUCCAUCAUCUUCAUCGUCGGUCGCUCAGAGGUCAUCUCCUGCUCCCGUUCCUAAAUUUGCAUCAUCUCACUCCUCAUCUACCUUAUCACGGUCCGCAUCAGCUCCAAAUUCACUGCCAAAGUUCACUUCAUCGUCCUCCUCAUCGCUGUCCAAGUCGUCAUCGUCGGUGAAGUCGCCGUCGUCGUCCGACGGGAGGAAAUCUCCGGAGGGCAACUCCUCCUCCUCCAAGCCGAUCCUCCGUAAAACCAACUCUAACGCGGGGGGUAGCCAUUCGGAUCCGGCGGCUGAGGAGUCGCAAUCUUUCCUCAGAGAUAGCACUAACAAGGUAUGAUCUUCCUAAACUUUCAGAUGCUAUGUAAUGUAUGAAAGCAGAACAACUCAAUAAUCAUUGAAGAAAGAAAAAAGCCAAAUAACCGUAAUUUUCAGUUUUCUCACCAAGUACAUUUAGCUUCCCACGCAAAAAUGUGAAGUCUAGAUUUGUUAUUAAUGCAUGCAGUGACACUACAUUUACAUGUACUAACCCAUUCCAGUUAUGCUAUUUUUAAUGUUUGAUUUAGAAAGGCACCUCAUGGUAGCUAGGCCUACUUGCUCACAGAUACAUUAAAAAGUUCCUCAGAGACAUCUAUUAUUUUGCAAUAUUAGGCAUGCCUGACAUAUCAACAGUAAGUGUAUUUCUGAAAACUUGAGAAAUUGUGAGCAAUUAUACCUAGUUAUCUGAAGGUUACAUUGUUGCUGUUCAUGAUUAUAUGUUGCUCUUUAUAUGUUAUUUUUCUUCAUCUUUAAAUCUGUGUAAACAAAUCAUUAUUUCACAUCUUAAACAAAAUGAGACAACCAUCACCAUUGUGUUCAUAGUGUGAUUAAAGGCACGUUGUUUCAACUCCAAUUGAAAGAAAAGGGGGUUAGCGGAAGUCAGAGAAUUCCCAAAAGUAUAUUUCCUUCAGUAUCAUUUUCCGAAAUGCUUGUAGAUAUUAUUGGAGAUAUACACUAUCUACAUCACUACAUAACCACACACUCUAUAGGAUAUAAUGAUAUGGCCUUAUUACGGUAUUACAAAACAAUUGCUCCUUUAAACAAAUAUUCUAAACCAUAUUUUGUUUUCAAACACUCCCUUUCUGUUCUUUGGUGUUUGUAUUAACUGGCAAAUCUCUCUUUGGGCAGACUUCUGGGUCAAUUUAAGUGAUAACCAAAAUCAAUCUUGAAGGCUGUCAAAGAAAGUUUGACCAAUGUAACAUUGUGCCUUUGAUCAUACUCUUAUCUAGUCUGGUUGGAGUCAGAAGGGCCUGAACUCCUUGGGUGGUAUUCUCGAAAGCGGACUAACUUUAAUCCAUGGUUU